AUGCUGGCCGCGCCGGGCCGUGUUUGCUGGCGUUCUGCAGUCUGGUGCUGCGGCGCCCCGUCGUGGAGGGCCUCGUUGGCCGUGCCCCGCCGGGCCCGGACCUCGCCCCGGCCGCUCCAGCGCGCCAUGACCGACCAGGGGGCCCCGUACGGGAGAACCGUCGCGGGAGAGGCUUUCGCUGCAGCCGGGUGCCAAAAACCAUCCGAUGUGUUGUCUCGCGUGCUACAGGCCCCGGGCCGCUCGAUCGUUUUGCCGGUUCUCCACGCGGAUGUUGUCGUGUCUCCUGCUCACUCGUUGCAUACGUAUUUGCAGCAGCUGCGGGCGGUGAUCCGCACUGUCGAAGUGGCCAAGCCACAGGCACAAGGUGCUAUGCGUGCGUUCUACGUUCUGCCUGAGACAGCACCGGUCCCCGCCUUGAAAAUGGCUCUUGGUCUCGGCGGCCGUGUGUUGGAGGUUCCAGAUGCGGUUGAGGAGCGAUGUCGCGCGCUUCCCCGAAGCGUAGCUGGCGGCAACAUCAAGGAAUGGUACUUACAGUCGCGGCGGAGCUACCAGGAGUUGGUCCGCCUCGGUUUGGCUCCCAGGUUCUACGGUUUGGUGAUAUACGUGGUGAAGGCCUUGCCUCAGACUGUUCACAGACUGUAUCAGGGCACGGCGGCCCCGCUGACGGUGCAUUCUUCCGCUGUUCCUGCAGGAUGCUACGACUUCCCGAGCUUCGUCGCGGCGUACUUUCACUUGGAUAUCGGCUCCGCCAUGGACGCGAUGUUCCCGCCUCCCGCUGCUGAAGCGGCGGUGCACUCCCAGGCCGCCCAUUAUUGGGCCGUCUGGUGUCAGUAUUCGUUUUACGGAGACAGCAUUGUGACAGUGCUGGGAGUGCAGGACGUCAACGGGACACCCGUGGCGUCCCUGCCGUGGUUGCUGGACUCUCCAUGGGCCAGGGAGCACUGCCGUCAGGAGGAGUGGGUCUCCGCGCCGGAGCUCGGGUGGAUCUUCCUGACGUUGCUGAUACGCGUCAUUUUCCUGGCGAGCGUCGUUCACGAGGAGUUCCUCUUGGGGGACGUGCACGGCGGAAAUCUCUGCGUCACCGUCCACAGUGAGGCCCGCCUGACGGAGUUGAAGCCCGUUUGGAUCGACUUCGGCGGGUCCCUGCUGUACGCCGAGGUUGCGACGCUCCAGCUGGCAUGGCGGGCCUUCGACUUGGGCGCCCAGGUCGACGCGGGUUUCGGCAUCAGCGGCGUGCAGGGCUCCAGCAGCGUUCCGGGGCCUUUCCAGGGCCAGGAGCUCGCGCACAUGCAGGGAGUCUUGCAGGACCUUCUCGAUGAUAUGAGUGCGGAAGGCCGGUUGAGCGGAAGUGUGUCUGUGGAGAACGUGGCGGCGGAGUCUGCCAUCCGCGCCAGGCACUUGCAGUUUUGCCAUUACUUCCUGGGAGAAUUCUUCGACAAAAUUGCAGGCGUCCGGGCCGACUGCCGGGUCGUCGACGUCAGGCGGGGGCUUCGAUUCCCCCCAUGGCAUGUGGAAUUUCCGCCAUGCGGAGGCCGUGCUGUGCGACAUCAUGUCGGAGCCGCGCGCCAGGGCCUUCAUGAGGGUUGCCUGUCCUCGGCCUGCGCCGGCGGCCGCCAGUUUCCGGGGGCUCGUGGGUCUCGCGCGGGCCCCCGUUGA